UUUUUGAUCCCUCUCGCGCCUCGUCUAUCCUCUCCGGUGCUUGAUAUAAAAGUAUAGCCUUCACCUUCGGUGCUUCAGUCGGAGUUGGACGUACAAGAAUGGAUUCCGCAAUAGCCCGGAAAACAUGGGAAUUAGAGAAUAAUAUCCUUGCAGUGGAAACACCCGACAGUUCAUCGGACUCGAUUUUCUACUACGACGAGUUGGCUCAAGCCAAGUUUCAACAAGAGAAGCCUUGGGCCAAUGAUCCCCACUACUUCAAGCGCGUUAAGAUCUCUGCCCUCGCUCUCCUUAAGAUGGUUGUCCACGCCCGAUCUGGUGGCACCAUAGAGGUGAUGGGGCUGAUGCAAGGCAAGACUGACGGCGACGUCAUCAUUGUCAUGGACGCCUUUGCUUUGCCUGUUGAAGGGACUGAGACUAGGGUUAACGCUCAGGCUGAUGCCUAUGAGUAUAUGGUCGAUUAUUCCCAGACCAACAAGCAGGCUGGACGAUUGGAGAACGUUGUUGGAUGGUACCAUUCUCAUCCUGGGUACGGGUGCUGGCUGUCCGGUAUUGAUGUUUCAACCCAAAUGCUCAACCAACAAUUUCAGGAGCCCUUCCUGGCAGUUGUCAUUGAUCCAACAAGGACUGUUUCUGCUGGAAAAGUUGAGAUUGGAGCUUUCAGGACAUACCCUGAAGGAUAUAAGCCUCCUGAUGACCCUAUCUCUGAGUAUCAGACCAUUCCUCUGAAUAAGAUUGAAGACUUUGGUGUGCACUGUAAACAGUAUUAUGCAUUGGAUAUCACUUAUUUCAAGUCCUCUCUUGACUGUCACCUCUUGGAUCUGUUAUGGAAUAAGUACUGGGUAAAUACCCUUUCUUCUUCACCUCUCUUGGGCAAUGGAGAUUAUGUUGCAGGACAAAUUUCAGAUUUAGCUGAAAAGUUGGAGCAAGCAGAGAAUCAAUUGGCUCACUCUCGCAUUGGCCCAUUAGGACCCCCUCGAAAGAAGGAAUUGCAGGAGGAGUCGCAGCUUGCUAAGAUUACCAGAGAUAGUGCAAAGAUAACUGUAGAGCAAGUCCAUGGUUUAAUGUCACAGGUUAUCAAAGACAUCCUUUUCAACUCUGUACGACAGUCAAAUAGGUCCCGUAAUGAGCAAUCUGGUCCUGAGCCUAUGGUUGAAGCCUGAUCCUAACAUCCUGGCAUCUUUCCAAUGCUGCAACAGAUGAAAUGAUGACCUUUCUGAUGUUUCCUUCACCUUUAGAGACCAGUUUUUACAAGAACGAAAACAUUAAUUCCAGGCUGCAUAGUUUUGUUUCCGUCCUUACACUGAUGUGCGGUCAUCAUUGAUUUGUUUGGUGAAAUGAAAAACAUAUGAUAGAUUAUCCCCUUCCCCCCUUUUCAAAAAUGAAAAGAUAUUCUUGGUUGCGGCAUAUGAAACGAGGAGGGAAAGCUAUAAAAACGGAGUUUCUUGAGCAUGCUGAAGCCUGACAGAUCAACUAGUCCUUUACGUUGUAGGCAUUCAAGAAGAGCUCGUGUACGGUCCACAACUAAAGUCAAACUAUUGUUAGGUUAGGCAGCAGGAGUGGUAAAGGCUUGUUUGGCCCAACCCAAGUUUCAACUCUCUACUAUCAACUUUGUAAAAUUCCACGUCCAAUAGGUUGUGGCAAUUUCUUCGAGUUGCACCUUCGGAAUUGGGAUAGCAAUUAUCAUCCUUUACCUCAUGGAUCGUUUGUUGUUUGGGUUCCAGGUUCCAACUCUCUCAUCACUUCUUUUUACUCGCUAUUUUACGACCGUUACAAUUCAACUGCCUAAUGGUUCACCAU